GGUGUCAGAGCCUCAGUCCAUGGUGACAUUUGGUCAUAACUCACGGGAGGCAGUCGCCAAGACUCCACCUCAUCGACCCAGAUGGGCUGCUGAGGAUUGCCUUGUACCACAUGUACAACAUAAUUCAUUCUUCUCGGAGAAUCCAUACUUUUGCCGGGGUGGAGAAAAACCCAAAGUCCAAAUACCCUACAAAACCCGUCCUGGCUCCAUUCCCCGCAAAUUAGCGAUAGAGAGAUGUCGAAGGGAAUACUUACAUUUACAUGUUGAAGAGCUCCUGGCAGAAAAGGGCAUAGAUUCUGAUCUCUUAUUGCCAAGACCAUUGAAAAAUAACACCAUACCAGACGGUCCUAUUUCGCUGUUCCUCCCACUGGAGCUGUUUGAUAAUGAAGAAUAUGACUGCCGGACUCCAGAAGACUGGCUUGCUUUGGGCAAUGCUGAAGGAUCACCUGAUCGAAAACCUAUUCCUGGAAAAGCCCUGCUACCUACAGAUGAUGAAAUUACAAAUGAUGAGUCUGCAAGCGCAAGCCCACCUCCGAAGUACAGCUGGCAUUUAGUUGGAAUUCUUGAUUACUGUACGGAGAAAUGUCAGUAUCUGGUAGAGAAGGUCCACCACACAGACAAAAAAGGAAGUCCUGAUAUAAAUGAAGAGCAUAAGCAGAAAACAGACUCUUUAAUAGCAGGCAGUAAGUACUGGAUACCCAGGAUCAGACUGUUAUUCUGUGCUGAAGACCCACGUGUCUUUGUUGAGCGGGUCCAGUUUGCCUUGCGCUACAGAGAGGAAACAGAGGCACUUAUUUUCUACCACUUUUCAGUGGACUGCAUGCCCAUCUGUAGGAAAACACCGUCUCUCAAUACUGAUAGUCUCCAGAGAAUCAAACGACGUGGCCUCUCAGCUCCUGGCCUUAAGCUGAAAAAUUUAGAGACAUGUGUUGCAAGCUUGGAGAAGGAGGUCAGACUGGAUUAUGACCGUACAAUGAACCGCUUGAUUUUUGACAAAGUAGUGAUGAGCUGCCCUGAAGACCUUUCACAUAUCACCCUGCCACAGAAGGACCCUGAAUAUGUGCCCUCACAAGGGUGUGUUCCGGUUCCUUACUCUGCCUAUGAGGCGAAUCGAGCUGCAUUUAUUUUCAAGUCCAUGCAAACUAGGCCAGAGCUGAUCUGUGUGCUUUCUGAAAUGUGGCAUGAGUGCAAAAAAGUAGAAAACAUGAGGCUGUUCAACUUGAUGUUGGGUAAACCACUUCCAUUGCAUCAAUUUGAACUUGACCAGUCUCAGACGCAUACUCAGAUAACCCUGUUUCUUAGAGAUAACUGGACCAGCACACUGUCCAACAGCAUUCGGUACAACCUUGCGAAUAUGGGCAAGGGAACAUACAACAUAAACGAGACUUGCUGGGAGACUUACAAGGUUUCUAAGCUGUCUAAACUCCUCAAUCUGGUGCAUUACAACAUGCAGGACUCCCUCCGCGUCCUUGUGAAGAACUCACUGGUCAGCCUGACCAAGGUCGUGAUGGAUGCCUGCCACAAUGUCCUGAUGUGUCCUCAGGACUUCGUCUGGGGGAAUGACCUAAUCACUAGCCACUACAAGCCAAAGAAGAAUCCUAUUUUCCUGGUGGACCUGGUUCUGGAUGAAAGUGGGGUUCAUUACAGCACCCCCUUGGAGAAUUUUUCAGCAUCUACAGUGAACCUGUUUGAUAACAGCAUUAUGUGCACACGUAGUGUGCCUCUGCUUAAUAGGUUUGUGUUGCAGAAGUUAUUUAUGGUUGGGGAGCCUUUACUUGAGUCAGUGCGUUUGGAGGAACCACAAAUAACCGAGCUGAGGGAGAAGAUCCGUAAUGUUCUAACACAAGCAACCAUACCUCUCAGGGCUUAUGCUGCUGAGUAUGAGAAGUACUUAGAGCUGCACAAUCUGGACAUACAAGCUUACAUUCUCACAUCUUGUGAUGCAGAAAUGACAUCCCAAGAACUGAAAAAAGAGGUGCAGCAGCAUCUCAAAGAAAAGAGAAUAAUUGAACAGUCCUUGCCAUCCUCCCUAGUGAUUGGUCCAUUUCAUGUUUGUGUUAACGGGGUACGCAAGUCUCUCUCAGAAAAGAGAAAGGCGUUAGCCACGGCACUACUAGACCACCUUGCUCUGAAGCUACGUAUUCAGGUUGACCAGGCAUGUGAAGAAUGUGAAAUUAUUAACAGAAAGCUACGUGAGAAACCCUUUGGCAUCGAGGAACUGAGUGAAAAGAGGCAGUGGAUGAAACAAAUCCCAGAACAGCUUAAGAGUUACAAGGAACGUCUUGCCAAGAACUUGUCAGACUACGAGCUCAUAGAAGAAUUUUUCCACUCUCUUCCCAACAAUGAUGUCAACAAAAAGUGGAAAGCCAUUGAAUGGCCACAAAAGAUAAUCAACCAAAUGGAACCAAUAGCCACCCAGCACUUGGAGGAUGAGGAGUGCUUCCGCAAGAUCCAUCUAACUGAGCAGAGCAACUUUGAGGAGCAUUUAGCUAAUCUACAGAUGAUUGUUGCUAGGUUUGCGAGCCAUGGAGGCAUUGAUCAUGCCCAUGAGAUGGCCAACAAGGUCAGGCAGAGCAGCAAGCAACUUAAGGAGUGCCAAACUAUGGCCCAAACUUACAACAACAGGGAACGCUUGUUCGGCAUGACAGUCACAAAUUAUGACCGUGUGCAGAAGCUUGUAAAAGACUUCCAGCCUUAUAGAGAUUUAUGGACCACCACCUCUGAUUGGCUAAGCUGGAGUGAAAGCUGGUUCUGUGACCCACUGUCUUCCAUUGAUCCUGAGCAGGUUGAGCACAUUGUCACUGAAGCCUACAAGACCAUCCACAAAUGUAUUAAACAGUUCAACGACAUUCCUGACUGCCAAAUGGUGGCAAAUCUAAUUCUCAGCAAGAUUGAGGACUUCCGUCCUUACGUCCCUCUAAUUCAGGGACUAAGGAACCCAGGGAUGAAGAGCCGCCACUGGCAGAUGCUUUCAGAACGCACUCAAAUUAAAGUCAUGCCUAAAGCCAACUUGACCUUGUCUCACUGCCUGGAGCUUGGCCUACAGAAGUACGUGGAUGACAUAGCUCAAGUGGCCGAGGUGGCUGGGAAAGAAUACUCUAUUGAACAGGCCCUGGAUAAGAUGGAAAAAGAGUGGUCCACAGUAGUCAUUGAUGUUUUGCCCUACAAGAACACAGGAACUUACAUUUUAACGAGCCCAGAUGAAGUGUCUCAGUUGCUCGAUGACCACAUUGUCAUGACACAGAGCAUGUCCUUGUCACCCUUCAAAAAAACAUUUGAGGCACGAAUCAGCUCCUGGGAGAGCAAGCUCAGAAUGACUCAGGAUGUACUGGAGGAGUGGCUGAUGUGCCAGCGUUCGUGGCUGUACCUAGAACCCAUAUUCAGUUCUGAUGACAUCAAUCAGCAGCUGCCUACAGAAGGAAAAAGAUACCAGCAAAUGGAGCAAAAUUGGAGGAGUAUUAUGAAAAGUGCCUUUAAUAAUCGAAAGGUGAUCGAGCUGUUUCCAGAUGCUCAUCUACUAACGCAACUUAAGAAUUGUAACGGACUUUUGGAACAGGUGCAGAAGGGUCUCAGUGAGUACUUGGAAACAAAACGAAGUUUAUUCCCCAGGUUUUACUUCCUGUCAGAUGAUGAGCUCCUGGAGAUUCUGUCCCAAACCAAAGAUCCCACUGCAGUUCAGCCACACCUGCGUAAAUGCUUCGAGAAUAUUGCACAGCUUCAGUUUCAGUCAGACCUGCAGAUCACACACAUGUACUCUGGAGAAGGGGAACAGGUAAAACUGUUCUCUCCAGUUUGUCCUACUGGUAAUGUGGAGGACUGGCUGAGGGAUGUGGAGAAGUCUAUGAAAGCUACUUUAAGAGAUAACAUUGACCGGUCACUCAAAGACUACCAUGAGCAACCACGUGUAGAGUGGGUGUUAUCAUGGCCUGGUCAAGUGGUGAUAGCAGGCUGUCAGGUCUUCUGGACCGCUGAGGUGUCAGACGCUUUGGAGCAGAGAAACUUAGCCACUCGUCUUUAUCCCCAACUACAGACACAGUUGGGGGACUUGGUGAAGCUUGUGCGAGGACAGCUCUCCAAGAUGCAGCGAGCUGUGCUGUCUGCCCUUAUUGUCAUAGAAGUCCAUGCUAAAGAUGUAGCAGCCAAAAUGGUGGAGCAGGAGGUCUCAAGCAUCAAUGACUUUGAGUGGAUCAGCCAACUAAGAUACUACUGGGCAAAAGGUGAUUUGUACAUCCGCGCAGUGAAUGCAGAAUUUCUGUAUGGCUACGAGUACCUUGGUAACUCUGGGCGGCUGGUCAUCACUCCACUCACUGACAGAUGCUACUUGACCCUGACAGGAGCUCUGCACCUGAAGUUUGGAGGGGCACCUGCAGGUCCAGCAGGCACAGGAAAGACAGAAACAACUAAAGACCUUGGAAAGGCUCUGGCGAUCCAGACGGUAGUUUUCAACUGUUCUGAUCAGCUGGACUUUAUUGCAAUGGGCAAAUUUCUCAAAGGACUGGCCAGCUCUGGUGCCUGGGCCUGCUUUGAUGAGUUUAAUCGUAUUGAUGUUGAAGUGUUGUCCGUGGUGGCGCAGCAGAUCACCACUAUACAAAAGGCCCAGCAGCAACGGGCAGCGAGGUUUGUGUUCGAGGGGGUAGAGAUCCCUCUUGUCCCCUCUUGCGCGGUAUUCAUCACUAUGAAUCCUGGUUAUGCUGGCCGCACAGAACUGCCUGACAAUCUCAAGGCCCUGUUUCGUCCCGUGGCCAUGAUGGUCCCUAACUAUGCGAUGAUAGCUGAGAUCUCCCUAUACUCAUUUGGCUUCAGUGAUGCCAAAGUUCUCUCCAACAAGAUCACAACAACUUUCAAACUCUCCUCUGAACAGCUGAGCUCUCAGGAUCAUUAUGAUUUUGGUAUGAGAGCUGUUAAGACUGUGAUCUCAGCUGCUGGAAACCUAAAAAGGGAAAAUCCGAACAUGAACGAGGAGCUGAUUUGUCUUCGGGCCAUUCAAGACGUCAAUGUACCAAAGUUUUUACAGGACGACCUGAAGCUCUUCAAUGGCAUCGUGUCUGAUCUUUUUCCCAAGAUAAAACAGGAGCCGAUCAAUUAUGGCACACUGGAAGAGUCCAUUCGUAAUGUCUGCACCGCGAAGAACCUCAAAGAUGUCGAUGGGUAUAUUAAUAAGUGUAUUCAGCUGUAUGAAACCACUGUGGUGAGACAUGGCCUGAUGUUGGUGGGACCUUCUGGAUCAGGGAAAACCAAAUGUUAUGAGAUUCUAGGUGCAGCAAUAACAGCUCUGGAGGGCCAGCCCUCUGUGAGCGGUGGUGUCUACGAGGCUGUUCAAACAUAUGUCCUCAACCCAAAGUCAAUUACCAUGGGACAACUUUAUGGAGAGUAUGAACUGCUCACACAUGAGUGGACAGACGGUAUCCUCUCGUGUCUUAUUCGCCAAGGCGUAGCAUCUAUGGACCAGAAGAAAAAGUGGUACAUGUUUGACGGGCCAGUGGAUGCUGUAUGGAUUGAGAACAUGAACACUGUCCUGGAUGACAACAAAAAGCUUUGUCUCAGCUCUGGCGAAAUCAUUAAGCUCACCGACGUAAUGACCAUGAUGUUUGAGGUGCAGGACCUGGCAGUUGCAUCUCCGGCUACAGUGUCUCGCUGUGGUAUGGUUUACUUGGAGCCAAGUAUUCUGGGACUCACCCCUUUCACAGAGUGCUGGCUGAGGCAGAUUCCUAACGCCAUGAAACCAUACAAAGAGAUGCUCAGCUCUCUGUUUGACAGGUUUCUGCAGGACUCCAUUACAUUUGUCCGCACUUCAGUAAAGGAGGUCAUCGCAUCUCUGGACAGCAACCUUACCUGUAGUCUGCUUAAAAUGAUGGACUGCUUUUUCACUCCCUUCAAUAUUAAAAAGGGUGAGAAGCCACCACCUCAAGUGAAAUUGGACCAUCUAAAGGAGCUGAUUGAGCCCUGGUUCUUUUUCUGUCUGGUGUGGAGUGUAGGAGCCACAGGAGAUGCAGCUAGUAGCCAGCGCUUCAGUGCGUGGCUCAGAAACAAAAUGGCAGAAGAGAGGAUCAACUUGUGUUUUCCAGAAGAAGGCUCGGUGUAUGACUACAGACUUGAUGAUGGAAUAAGGAAUCAGGAUGGUGACGAUGAAGAUGAGGGAGGAAAAGUCCAGUGGGUCAGCUGGAUGAAGUAUGCAGAGAGUGUAGUAAUCACCCCAGAAACAAAAUUUUCAGACAUUAUUGUUCCAACUGCAGACACAGUGAGAAUGUCUUUCCUGUUGGAUAUGCUUUUAACCAACAAGAAACCCGUGCUCUGUAUUGGGCCAACUGGCACAGGAAAGACCCUGACCAUGUCAAAUAAGUUGCUAAAUAGCAUGCCUGCUGAGUAUAUCACACACUUCCUCAUGUUCUCUGCCCGCACUUCAGCCAAUCAGACUCAAGAUUUCAUUGACAGCAAAGUAGACAAAAGGUGGAAAGGUGUGUUUGGACCUCCAAUAGGGAAGUACUUUGUAUUUUUCAUCGAUGACCUAAACAUGCCCAUGUUGGAGACCUAUGGCGCUCAGCCUCCCAUUGAACUGCUGAGGCAGUGGAUGGACCACGGAGGCUGGUACGACAGGACUCAGAUAGGGACUUUCAGGCAACUAGUGGAUAUCAAUUUUGCCUGUGCCAUGGGACCCCCAGGUGGAGGGCGAAACCCGAUAACUCAGCGCUUCACACGCCACUUCAACUUCUUGUCCUUUACUGAACUGGACAAUGCCAGCAAGAAAAACAUUUUUUCUACCAUUCUAGGAAGUUGGAUGGCACCCGUACCAACAAUCCAGCCACUGAAUGAGUCUCUUGUAGAUGCCACUAUCCGAGUCUACUCUACCAUUACCUCCCAGCUGCUCCCAACUCCAGCCAAAUCCCAUUACACUUUCAAUCUCAGAGAUCUAUCCAAAGUCUUUCAGGGCAUCCUCAUGGCUGAAGCUAGAAUGAUAGAGGAUAAAGUACAGCUGCUCCACCUGUGGUACCACGAAAGCUGCCGGAUUUUCCAGGACCGCCUGGUGUGUGAUGAGGAUAGAGAGUGGUUCAAAGGGGUCCUGAAAGACUGCAUUGAAGAAUUUGACUGCUGCUUUGAAGAGGUUGUCCCCUGCCAUCCUGUUUUGUACGGAGAUUUCAUGGAUCCCAGAGCUGACCACAAAGGCUAUAAACCCAUAGAUGACAAAGAGAAGUUGGUAAAAGUAAUGGAGGAGUACAUGGAAGACUACAAUCACAUCAGCAUGACCAAGAUGAAGCUGGUGCUCUUUAUGGACGCCAUUGAGCACGUGUGUCGUAUCAGGCGGAUCUUGCGGCAGCCCCUAGGCAAUGCCCUGCUCCUUGGAGUGGGUGGCAGUGGACGCCAGUCUCUCACUAAGCUGGCCUCUUAUAUAUCAGAAUAUGAGUGUUUCCAGAUUGAGCUCUCUAAGAACUAUGGCCACACUGAGUGGAGAGAAGAUAUUAAAAACAUCAUGUUCAAGGCAGGCCUCCAGAACCAGCAGAUCACCUUCCUCUUUGUAGACACACAGAUUAAGAGUGAGUUUUUCCUGGAGGAUAUCAACAGCAUUUUGAAUAGCGGUGAUGUGCCCAACCUGUAUACAUCAGAGGAGCAGGAGCGUAUCCUGAUGGGAAUGAAGCCAGUGGUGCUAGACCUGGGCCACCAGCCAACUAAAGCCAAUCUUAUGGCUGCCUACAUCAGGAGAGUUCGCAGCAAUAUUCACACUGUUCUCUGCAUGAGUCCCAUCGGUGAGGUGUUUCGUGCACGAAUGAGGCAGUUUCCUUCACUGGUGACCUGUUGUACCAUAGACUGGUUCAGCACUUGGCCAGAGGAGGCUCUCCUGGCUGUGGCCACAUCAUUUCUUAGUGAGAUACCUCAAGUGGAAGCAAACCCAACUGCCAUGGGGGGACUGACAACAAUGUGUGUGAGGAUUCACCAGAUGGUGGCCAGGAAGAGUGAACAGUACAUGGCUGAACUAUCUCGACGCAAUUAUGUCACACCUAAAAGCUACCUGGAACUGUUCAAAAUCUUCUCAGAUCUCAUUAGACGCAAAAAACAAGAGCUGUCUGGUGCUCGACAACGCAUGAAUACUGGUCUGGAGAAGCUUCUUAGCACUGCUGAAGGUGUGAGUAAAAUGCAAGAAGAGCUGGAGACCAUGAGACCUCUUUUGGAGGAGGCUGCUAAGGACACUAAAGUUACCAUGGAGACCAUUAAAAAAGACACAGUGGUUGCAGAGGAGACCCGUAGGUCAGUGCAAGAAGAGGAGGCAAAAGCUUCAGAGAAGGCCCGUGUUGCAGGAGCCAUUGCAGCAGAUGCUCAGAGAGACUUAGACGAAGCUCUGCCAGCCUUGGAUGCUGCCCUGGCCAGCCUCAAGUCACUCAACAAGAAUGAUGUCACUGAGGUGCGAGCCAUGCAGCGACCUCCUCAAGGUGUAAAGCUGGUUAUUGAAGCAGUGUGCAUUAUGAAAGGCAUCAAACCCAAAAAGGUACCUGGGGAGAAACCUGGCACCAAGGUUGAUGACUACUGGGAGCCUGGGAAGGGUCUGCUCCAGGACCCUGGAAAGUUUCUGGAAAGUCUCUUCAAAUAUGAUAAGGAUAACAUCCCAGAUAAUGUGAUCAGCUUAAUCCAGCCAUAUAUAGAUAAUGAGGAAUUUCAGCCAGCUUCCAUUGCCAAGAUUUCCAAAGCUUGCACUUCCAUUUGCCAGUGGGUGCGAGCCAUGCAUGCAUAUAACUUUGUGGCGAAGGCUGUGGAACCUAAAAGGAUAGCUCUCCAGGCAGCCCAAGAGGACUUAGCAGAAACCCAGCAAACUCUGGAUAAAGCCAAAGAGAAACUGGCAGGAGUGGAAGCUGGGAUUGCCACUUUGCAGGCCAAGUACCAGGACUGCCUAGCUAAGAAAGACGAGCUGGACAAUAAGUAUCAACUAUGUGAGGCUCGCCUCGUCCGAGCAGACAAGCUUAUUGGUGGAUUGGCAGAUGAAAAAGUGCGUUGGAAGGAGACAGUACAACAUUUGGAUUACAUGAUCAGUAACGUAGCCGGUGACAUACUUCUGUCUGCAGGAUAUAUUGCAUACUUGGGACCCUUCACUGGAGAGUACCGAGCAGCCAUGGCUAAAGAAUUGCUGAAAGGUUUCAAAGAGCUGGGUGUUCCACACACUGAUGAACCCAACCUGGUCAGCACUCUGGGAGAUCCAGUGAACAUCCGCACCUGGCAGAUAGCAGGUUUGCCCAAGGACAACCUUUCUGUGGAAAAUGGUGUGAUUUCUCAGUACUCUCUGCGCUGGGCCCUCUUCAUUGAUCCUCAGGGACAAGCAAACACAUGGAUUAAAAACAUGGAAAGGGACAGUGGGUUGGAGGUUGUGAAACUCAGUGACCGGGACUUCCUGCGCAGGCUUGAGAAUGCAAUCCGCUUCGGUAAACCCUGCCUCUUAGAGAAUGUGGGGGAAGAACUAGAUCCUGCUCUAGAACCUGUCCUGUUACAACAGACUUUUAAGCAGCAAGGCCAUACUUUACUGAAACUGGGCGAUUCACUCAUCGACUACCACGAGUCUUUCAAGAUGUACCUCACAACCAAGCUGCCCAACCCACACUACUCUCCAGAGUUUUCUGCCAAAGUCACACUCAUAAACUUCACCCUAUCACCCAGUGGUCUACAAGACCAGUUGUUGGGGAUGGUGGUGGCUAAAGAGCAGCAAGACUUGGAGGUUGCAAAGAACCAGCUAAUCACCAGCAAUGCCAAGAUGAAGCAGGAGCUGAAAGAAAUUGAGGAUGAGAUACUGUUCCGACUCAGCUCCACAGAGGGCAACCCUGUGGACAAUGAGGAGCUCAUCCGAGUGUUGGAGGCUUCGAAGAUCAAAGCUGGAGAGAUCAAGGCUAAAGUGAAGGCAGCAGAAAAGACAGAGCAGGACAUUGAUGCUGCCCGUCUGGAGUAUGUCCCUGUGGCUGUGCGUGCACAGAUCCUCUUCUUCUGCGUGUCAGAUCUGUCCAAUGUUGACCCAAUGUACCAGUACUCUCUGGAGUGGUUCCUGGGAAUCUUUUUGUCUGGUAUUGCCAACUCUAGAAGUGCAGACACAGUGGAGGAGAGAAUCUGGAACAUCAAUGAAUAUUUCACCUUCAGCCUCUAUGGUAAUAUAUGUCGCAGCUUGUUUGAGAAACACAAACUGAUGUUUGCCUUUCUCCUGUGCGCUCGCAUCAUGAUGAACGACAACAAGAUUAACAUGGUUGAGUGGCGCUACCUGUUGUCUGGAGGAAUGCCUGUCCAACAGCUGGCCAACCCAGCAGUAAGCUGGCUGUCAGAACGUGCCUGGCAGGACAUUUUAGGCCUCAGCACUCUGAAAAAUUUUUCUAACCUAGCGCAAAGCUUCCCUGAACAUCUGGGGGGCUUCAAGAAAAUUUUUGACAGUAGCCAGCCUCACAGGGAGCCCCUCCCAGGAGUGUGGGAUGUCAUCCUGGACUCUUUCCAGAAGCUGUUGGUCCUGCGCUGUCUGAGGGCCGACUGCCUCAUUCAAGGCCUGCAGGACUUUGUUGCUGCUGAGUUAGGACAGCGCUUCAUAGAGCCUCAGACAUCAGACCUGUCUGUCGUCUUUACAGAGUCAUCUUCCUCCACUCCCCUGAUCUUUGUUCUGUCCCCUGGCACCGACCCUGCUGCUGACCUCUACAAAUUUGCUGAUGUCAUGCAAUUCUCCAAGAAAAUGAGCGCCAUCUCUCUUGGCCAAGGCCAGGGCCCCUGGGCUGAGAGUAUGAUGCACGAUGCCAUGGAAAGAGGUCACUGGGUCUUUUUCCAGAACUGUCAUCUGGCACCCAGCUGGAUGCCUACCCUGGAGAGACUUAUUGAAAACAUCAACCCACUAAAGGUGCACGAGAACUUCCGCCUGUGGCUCACAAGUCUUCCCAGCAAUAAGUUCCCGGUGUCUGUUCUGCAGAAUGGUUCCAAGAUGACCAUUGAACCUCCAAGAGGCAUCAAGGCCAACCUACAGAAAACCUACAUGAGGCUCACUAAUGAUUUUCUCUCCUCUUCCACCAAGACAGCAGACUUUAAGUCUUUGCUGCUGUCUCUCUGCCUGUUCCAUGGAAUUGCUUUGGAGAGACGAAAGUUUGGCCCUUUGGGCUUCAACAUUCCCUAUGAGUUCACUGAUGGCGACCUGAACAUCUGUAUCAGCCAGGUCAAAAUGUUCCUGGAUGAGUACCAGGACAUCCCAUACAAGGUUCUAAGAUACACUGCAGGAGAGAUUAAUUAUGGUGGCCGUGUGACAGAUGACUGGGACAGACGAUGUCUGCUCAGUGUGCUGGAGGACUUCUAUUGUCCUGCUGUCCUCAGCAGUGAUCACGUCUACUCUGCAUCUGGAGUCUACCGGCAAAUCGACACAAAACUGGAUAUCAAGGGUUAUUUGGCAUACAUUCGUGGUUUGCCCAUCAAUGACACACCUGAGAUCUUUGGUCUCCAUGACAACGCUAACAUCAGCUUUGCUCAGAAUGAGGCCUUUGGCUUGUUAGAAGCUGUGGUUCGUCUCCAGCCCCGAGCUACAUCUGCUGGGGGCAAAACUCUUGAGGAGAUAGUGGAGGAGAUAGUGGCAGGCAUCGUUGAAAAGAUCCCUCCUCCUUUUGACGUUGAAGGAGUGAUGGAAAAAUACCCGGUGCUCUACGAGGAGUCCAUGAACACUGUGCUCAUCCAGGAGGUCAUCAGAUAUAACAAGCUGCUGGAGGUCAUCUCGCUGAGUCUCAGAGAUAUUGUGAAGGCUUUGAAAGGUUCAGUGGUGAUGUCAUCAGCGCUCGAGCUUAUGGCCCGCAGCUUAUUCAACAAUGCGGUGCCUGAUAUGUGGAAAGCCAAGGCCUACCCGUCUCUGAAGCCUCUGGCCUCCUGGGUGUCAGACCUGCUUCAGAGGAUCAAUUUCCUACAGAGAUGGAUCUCUAACGGCAUUCCACCUGCGUUCUGGAUUAGCGGUUUCUUUUUCCCGCAGGCUUUUCUCACCGGAACCCUCCAGAAUUAUGCCCGUCGCUUCGGCACCUCAAUUGACACGAUUGGAUUUGACUUUGAGGUAUUAGUGAAGUCAGUGUCAGAGAUAACAGAAACACCAGACACAGGCUGCUACAUUCACGGUCUAUUCCUGGAGGGGGCUCGCUGGGAUAACAAGGCAGGUCAGCUUGCAGAGUCCAGACCCAAGGAGCUCUACACCCAAAUGGCCGUCAUCUGGCUGAUCCCCAAACCCAACCGUAAACCUCCAGCCUCAGGGAUCUAUGUAUGCCCUAUCUACAAGACACUCACACGAGCUGGGACUCUGUCCACCACUGGCCACUCUACCAACUAUGUGGUAUCAUUGGAGUUGCCAACACAUCACACCCAGAGGCACUGGGUCAAAAGGGGUGUUGCACUCAUCUGUGCACUGGACUUCUGAACCAGAAAUUAGUUAUAUUAGUUAUUGCUAUUAGUUAUUGCUGCUAAUUAUUGGUUAUCUACUUUAAUCUAUCUAAUAAACUGUUCACAAGCAA